UGAUAAACAUUUUCCUAAAUCACGCGAAGACCAACCAAGUGAGUGUAACAAUAAAAACCAUAAAUAAUAUUUAUUAUCGUGGGCGGUCUCGAAUACUACGGAGGAAUAAAAGCAAGAAUAUUGACGAUACAAAUACUAGAAAUAAAAUGGAAAAUCAACACUCUUCAGAAAAAUCUGAAGAUACUGAGGAAAAUCGAAAAACUGAUGACGAAGCCGACACCAUUAAUACAGAUGUACAAAAUACUUUAACACCUGAAGUUAAAUCUGGAGACAAAGAGGAGAAUCAAAAAACUGAUGAAGGCUCAACAGUAGCAACGGAUGAAGAAAAAAAUUUAGCACCAGAAAAACCUGAAGAUUCUGAAGGAUAUUUUGGAAUGAAACCCUCUCCGUGCAGAUGGGACAUUCCUAAAACCAUCGACGAGCUUAAUGGGAGGGAAGGUAAGAACUUGGCGAGAUAUGGCAUUAUGUACGUUUUUGAGGACAAAAAGGGUCAGCUUAUGCCCGGAAUAAUCGGCGAACCUGAAAAACCGAGCGGGAACUUUAAAUUCGGUAUUCAAAAUUCAUCAGAAGACAAUACUGAUGAAGGUGAAAUACAGACGAAACUGCGCGAUUUCAAGUUUGGCAAAACACCCCCUGAAAUCGAAAGACCUCCUGGUACAAUGUCAGAGGAAAACGAGAAUUCAAACUUAGAAUUCAAUUUUGGCAUACCCGCCGGUGCUGCCAGUAAAAAUAAAGAUUCGUUGGAAGGUUUUAAAUUCGGCCAGUUGUCUGCAUACGAAUCCUUAAUGGAAGCCAUCAAGAAAGUAUCGGGUAAGGAAAUAAAAAAUGAAAAACAAUAUUUGUGUUAAGAGUAAACAGUGUUUUAUGAUACAAAAAAAAA